CCACUAUUCUUCGGAUCUACAAUGGUCAUCAUAUUUCUUUAACUGCAGGCAAUAGAUGGGUUUUUGUUAAGAAUAAUGAUUAUAAUAACAAGAUAAAUUCGAGUCCAUGGGGAUUUUAUGACUUAUAGGUGGCAUUGGUGGAUAAUUUUAGUCAACUUUAAGGGCAAUUUGGAUGACGUACGAAAGAAGCACUAUUUGCUUUAUUAGUAGGUAAAGAUAAAACCACAUAAAGACAAACGAUACAUGGUACAGAAAGAGUUCUCAUAAGUUCAUCAAACAUAAAGACACAAUAUAAUCAGUGGAGAAUGCUAAAAACGCAAAAACAUACACAACUAAACUCCUCAAGCGUGUCACAGAGAAGAAGAGCAUGACGGUAAAUACCGUCACCAUGGUGUUUGCCCAAGUGGACAAAGGUGUUCACCCUGAUUGUCGGAGGAUAUUAACAAGAAAGAACAUAUCUAUACUACUAAUAAACAACCCAACAUAUUCAUCUCUAGAGCCACCCAACCAAAGGUACACAGAACAACAUAAAUAAAUUACAACCAGACGAUUACAUAACUUAAUUUAAUCUAAUCGUUGAAAUUAAACAAACCCACCUUCGAAGUGCGUUUAGCGUUUUUUCUGGCGCACGAAAACUCUGUCGUCCCCCGUUUAGCACAAAUCCCACAUCCUCGCAAGGAAACAUCCCACAUCCACAUCCUCUCAAGGUGCCGCCUGCCCCUGCCCGCACCCCUUGCCCCUUUGGUGCCUGCAUGCCGCCGCCAGGGACGUGGCCGGCCUCGCCUCGCACCGCCGUCAAUGGGAACUUGGACUGCCUCUCCUUGCAUCGUUGUCUGCCCCUCGCGGCCUCGCCCCUUCCCCUCCUCCCACAUCCGCGCACUCGAUCCCCUCGCACCAUGGAGUCCUCGACCGCCGCUGCGCACGCCGAGGCCACCUCCCACACCAACUUCGCCGAGUCCACCGAGGUCGUCCUCAACCUUGUCUGCGUCGACUGCGGCAAGCCAUGCCGCUCCCAGACCGAGGUGGACCUGCACAAGAAGCGCACGGGCCACGCCGAGUUCACGGACAAGACCAUGGAGGCGGCCAAGCCCAUCGAUCUCGAGGCGCCGCCGAAGCUGGCCGCGGAGGCCAAGGAUGUGGACGCGUCGGGGAUUGCGGAGCCGCAACAGUUGGUGGAGGUGAACAAGGAGAUGCUUGGGGAACUCAAAUCGAUGGGCUUUUCGGUUGCGCGUGCCACUAGGGCACUUCACUUCUCCGGUGGCGCGGUGGAGGAGGAGUACGAGGAUAUGCUGCGGCGGCUCUCCUCUCUCAUCACGCAGAAGGUGCAUCCGCACACCGGCAACGAGGGGCAACCAGUGGGAAAACAUGGACGCUACCUCCAGGCCCAUCCCUUCCUCCUUGUGCACCACCUGAAUCGCGAUUGGGGAAUGUGUUGUCUGAUGCGGGUGAAUGAAGGUCAUCCAUGUAUGCGGGACCAUAUACAAGGUGAAUCACUAGAUAACAAAUAACUCGCUCUUACAAUACCAGAUGUCGUGACCCCUUUCAUUUCUACUAUGUUGUGAUAAGGGAAAGAUUUUCAGUAAUGUGGCACUCUAAUUUGGUGUUGGCAUCUAAGCAACUAUGUGAAACAAUGGAGUUUUACCAAAUCAAUAGUUUAGUGCUAUUUGGCAUUGACACGCAGUGUAACCAGUUACAGAGUUUUGACGCCUCUGCUUUUACUGAUUUACCACUUUUCCACUGUGAGUUGGUGCCAAGGAUUUGAGAAGGUGAACUAAUACCAAUAACCAUGCCGCCGACCGUCGAACACCAUACGACGGAUCAACCGGCCGUCGAGUACAUGUACUCACCACGGCGCCUCCUCUCAUCGUUGUCGUCACCCGACUCUCGGUGAGUGAAGGAGCCGACGUGGCGGCCACUAGGCAGCCGCCGAUCAACAGGACCAAACUGCAGCACUUCAUAUUCGUCAGUACAAAGGGCACUACGGUGGGAAGGUAGAUCCUGUUAUUGUCGACGCAUUCCGGAAGAGAUGGUCCUGAUGGUCGAGAUAUUCGAGUCUUCCAUGUUAACUGUGCUUGGUUAUUACAUAACCUCCACCAUUUUGUUAAUCAUGCAUCGUUCAAACAUUUAGAUUUUGGUUAAGCAUUUUUCUCUACGUAAAUCAUGCAGAAUAAAUAUAUCAAUUUUCUUAUCUGGACCUUUAAUGGCCUU